GGGGGAGCGGCGGCGAUGGCGGACAGCGCCAGCGAGAGCGACACGGACGGCGCCGGCGGCAGCGGGGGCGGCGGGAGCGGCGUGGCGGGGCCGCUGGCGGCGGGCGGCCCGGCGGCGGGGCCGGGCGGCGGCGGCGGCGGCGGCGGAGGAGGCGUUGGCGGCGGCGGUUCGGGGGGCGCGGGCGGCGGCAAGGCGGGCGGCAUCGUGAUCUCGCCGUUCCGGCUGGAGGAGCUGACGAACCGGCUGGCCUCGCUGCAGCAGGAGAACAAGGUGCUGAAGAUCGAGCUGGAGACCUACAAGCUCAAGUGCAAGGCGCUGCAGGAGGAGAACCGCGACCUGCGCAAGGCCAGCGUCACCAUCCAAGCAAGGGCAGAGCAGGAAGAGGAAUUCAUCAGUAAUACUCUGUUUAAGAAGAUUCAAGCUCUGCAGAAAGAAAAAGAAACACUUGCAGUAAACUAUGAAAAGGAAGAGGAAUUUCUCACUAAUGAGCUCUCAAGAAAACUGAUGCAGCUACAGCAUGAGAAAGCUGAACUGGAGCAGCAUCUAGAACAGGAACAGGAAUUUCAAGUGAACAAACUGAUGAAGAAGAUUAAAAAACUGGAAAAUGAUACAAUUUCGAAGCAGCUCACCCUGGAGCAGCUAAGACGUGAGAAGAUUGACCUUGAAAAUACCUUGGAACAAGAACAAGAAGCACUAGUGAAUCGUCUCUGGAAGAGGAUGGAUAAGCUUGAAGCAGAAAAACGAAUUUUGCAGGAGAAAUUAGACCAGCCAGUAUCUGCUCCGCCAUCACCCAGAGACAUAUCAAUGGAGAUAGAUUCCCCUGAAAAUAUGAUGAGACACAUCAGGUUUUUAAAGAAUGAAGUGGAGAGGUUAAAGAAACAACUGAGGGCUGCACAGUUACAGCAUUCAGAGAAGAUGGCACAAUAUUUAGAAGAGGAGCGACAUAUGAGAGAAGAAAACUUGAGGCUUCAAAGAAAAUUACAGAGGGAAAUGGAACGUAGGGAAGCACUCUGCAGGCAACUGUCAGAAAGUGAAUCCAGCUUAGAAAUGGACGAUGAAAGAUAUUUUAAUGAGAUGUCUGCACAAGGAUUAAGACCUCGCACUGUGUCCAGUCCUAUCCCUUAUACACCCUCACCAAGUUCUAGCAGACCUAUAUCACCUGGUCUGUCAUAUGCAAGUCACACAGUUGGUUUCACACCACCAACUUCACUGACUAGAGCUGGAAUGUCUUACUACAAUUCCCCAGGCCUUCAUGUGCAACAUAUGGGACCAUCCCAUGGUAUUACAAGGCCUUCACCACGAAGAAGUAACAGCCCCGACAAAUUUAAACGUCCCACUCCUCCUCCUUCUCCAAACACGCAGACCCCAGUGCAGCCACCUCCGCCACCACCUCCACCACCUGUGCAACCUACGGUCCAAUCUGCAGCAUCGCAGUCAGCCACUUUUCAACAUUCAGUGCAUCCCUCCUCUCAGCCUUAGUGCAUGUGCUCAGCAGUCUGUAUGUCAGAAUUGGACUCAUAACAUGGAGCAGUUUACUAAAAGCCAAAGGCUUACUUGGCAUAUUUGGAUUUGACUUAUUUGCACUGAGGUUAUAUAGGCUUCACUGUUAAUUGUGUUGUAAACGUUUGUAUAAAAUGCAGCCAGUGUUGUGGGUCUACAACACUAACUUAACAAGAUUUUCCAUCAGUGUUUACUUGAACUACAUGUAUGUCCAUUCUCUGGCUGGAACAUUUGCUACUCUGUUUGGUAAUACGGCAUUAUGUCGUUUUGCUUGGCUCCAAAGCUUCAUUUUCCUGGCUUCUAAGUUUGUAAAAUUAAAGGGAUACCUUUUUAUAUUUUUUCAUGAGAAUUUGCAUAAAAUUUAAGGCAUGAUGGGCUAUCUGAUGAGUUCUGAAAUAUUACAGUGUUUACCAAGCUUGUGGAAAAUUAGCACUACGUUUCAGUCAUUUGAAAUAACAGCUUCUAGUGCAAAAGUGAGUCAGACACCCUAAUCAGUGCCCAAGACACAUACUCUAUUGUAUUACCUAGUAAAUAAGCUUAAUUCAGCACACAGGACACAUCCAUACUUCUCCUGUUUAAAAACACCUCAAACGUAUGGUACAGCCUGAAUCUUUAAGUGAGGGAACUGACUUGCUGGAGUAUAUGGAAUGUAUAAUUUGUGGACCUUAAGGUUUGAUUAUUUCACUUGACAUUUACAUUAACCUGUAAGCUGUCCAUACUGUGUAAUCUGUCACAAGUAACUUCUCUAAGUGUGGUCCUGCCCACAGGUUAGCUGAUUGAAGUGUGCUCUUUGAUUUUUUGCUGCAGAAGGCAACGUGAUUGUAGAGAACAGCUGAUUAUUUUUUUCCUUGUUAAAAUAUAUUAAUUGUGAUUCCCCUAAAACAAAGUUUGAACAAGUAUUCUAAAUGUUCAAGUCUGUUAGAUAAUAAGAUAUAAAAUGAGCAUAUAGGAAUAUACUGGCAUAACAGCCAAAAAUGUUGUAUUGCUUGGUAGAAACAGAGUACAAAGAAAGUAGCACAACAUGGCACUAAUGAAUGCUUAUUUAGCAGCCUAAGCCGGUACAAUGUAUAAAGAAAUGUAUUCCGAAUACAUUCUUUCCAUUCAUCUAGCACAAAUAAAUUGUUUGGUUUCACUUUGCAGU